UCAUUUUCAUACACUGAAUUCCAACAGCGAGAUUCUAAUAAAAAAACAGAUCACAACUGUCAAUCUGCCAUGGUAUCAUUUAUUUAAAUUUAAUAUCUAAUAACGUUGUUUGUUUAUGAGAGCAAUUUCUGAUUAUUAGAUAUAAGAGUCUGCAUGAUUGGAUACGAUAUGAAGAACGAUGUAUAAUUAUUAUAGAAUAAGACGUGUUUUCAUAGCUCUAUAUUUAUUUACAUUUUUAAAAUAUUAGCCUUAAAAUCCUUCUUUAAAUAAAUAUUUAGAAAUGGACGGUGUUUUAAACUCUUCUACAUUUUCUAUGUUGGAAGGAAAACUUGACAAUCGAAUUCUAAAAUCCAUAAACGCAUUAGGUUUUGAGAAACCUACAGAAAUUCAAGUAAAGGUUUUGCCUCACAUGCUACUUGGUGAAGAUGUUAUUGCAGCUGCCAAAACUGGCAGUGGAAAGACACUUGCAUUUCUAAUUCCAGCUAUUGAAUGUUUAUUGAAGCAUAAAUUUACUAAAUCUCUUGGUACUGGCUGUAUCAUAAUUUCACCAACAAGGGAACUUGCAUUACAAACUUUUGAAAUACUUGGUAAAUUACUUAACAACAUAAAUCUGUCACAUGCUUUAAUUGUAGGAGGAGUUAAGAAAUCAAAAGAACUAUUAGCUCUUCAAAAAGGUGUCAAUAUAAUUGUUGGUACACCUGGACGAAUAUUAGAUCAUUUAAAGAAUACCAAGGAAUUCAAUAGUCAUAACUUGAAAUGCCUAAUAUUAGAUGAAGCUGACAAAUUACUUGAAGCAGGAUUUCAAAAACACAUUGCAGGCAUAAUCAAAGAUUUACCUCAAAAGAGACAAACUGGUUUAUUUAGUGCUACCAUAGAUGAUAAAGUAAAAAACUUGGCUCGUCUUGCCUUAAAGGAAAAGCCAGUGUUAGUUGCACUCACUGAUGAAAAGCAAUCUACAGUUGUUGGUCUCAAACAAGGUUACUUCAUUUGUCCAGUUGAAGCGAGAAUACCAUGGCUAUACAAAAUGUUGAAGAAGGCAAAGAAAUUAAAAGUACUAGUAUUCUUUUCAUCGUGUAAAUCUGUUGAUUUUCACUAUGAAUUCUUUAUGUAUUGUAAAGCACCCGUUAUAAGGAUACAUGGUAAAUUAAGUCAAUGUCAACGAAAGGAGGCAUUUCAAAGGUUCGUUGAAGCGAAAAAUGGUGUUUUAUUCUGUACUGAUGUUGCUGCAAGGGGAUUGGAUAUUCCAGCCGUUGACUGGGUUGUUCAGUUUGACCCACCCACAGAUGUUAAGGAAUACAUACACAGAGUUGGUCGUACAGCCAGAGGCCUGAAUAAUACUGGAAAUGCUGUAAUCCUACUCCGACCGGAAGAGGAAUUUUUUACUAAAUAUUUAGAAAAUAAAAAGGUUUAUUUGGAUAAAUACACAUUUGAUCAACCACAAGACGGGGUUCAAAAAAUGUUGGAAGACCUCAUACAAAAGAAUGGAGUGAUGAAAACCUUAGCUCGAAAAGCGUACUUGUCUUCCCUCAGAUGUUACAAUAAACAUUCACUAAAUACAGUUUUUAAUAUUAAGAAACUGGACUUGAAAUUGGCAGCCCGAGCGUUUGGAUUUCUGGAACAACCUCACGUAGACUUUCUAAAUAACAGGAAGAAGCAUAAAGAAGGAAAAUAACUGGAUUAUACUAAUUUUAAAUUGUAAUAAAAUGCUAAUAUUAAAUUGUCUAAUUAAA